CGCCUGCGCAUUUGGAGGAUCCCCUGCCGGCGCAGGCGCUGUGGCUUCGCCGGCUGCAGCAGGCGCUUUCUGAGGCGAGAGGCGUUGGGCUGGAGGUGGGGAGCCGCCCUGUGUCCGCAUUAUGUACCAGCGGAGCCGGGCGGUGGCCGGGCGCCUGGGGCCCCGGUGCCCUUGGAGGUGGGGAGGGAGCGGCAGGCUCCGGCUGGGCCACGGCGACGCGGCGCGAUGCUGUUACCGGGCGCGACCGAAGGACCUGGAUGGCUUAUGGGACAAACUACCUCCAGGGCUAGUCUCUUCCGGUUCCAUAGGACCGACAUUCCACUCCCUCUUCACCAAGAACCCACCAGAAGUUCCCACCGUCCUGCCUGCACCUCCUGGGGACAACUUUGCCGUUAUCAACAGUACGAAACUGAAGACCAGCCUUUGCCCGCCAAUGCAUUAUCUAGAGACUAGAGUCCUUCCCCACCCCGCUGUGCUUUCCCCACCAGAGGGCAUGGAGGGCGCCAUCACCCUGGUGAACGGGAGGCAAGAGGACGACAUUGCGGUGCAAGAGAGCAAAGGGCUGGACGGUGCCUCUUUAGACUCCCUGCACAGCCUUUUCCACGGCUGGCAGUACCGAUCGCCUUACCAGGCUUCAGACGUAGCACUGGGUCCCCUUGCACCUUUCAGGGCUACUACCGGGACUCCCUCCCCAGUUAGUUCUUCAGAAAGGGAUGACCCCAGCAUGGAAGAGCAUCUUGCAGUCAUGCAUCAGAAACUACGGAAAGAGUUACCAUACUUCUUUUUGAAGACCCACGACUAUGGAAUCUACUCCCAGGAAGUAGAGUUCAUCAAUGAGAUUCUGCAUCUGAGGACACGCGGCCGAACCAUGUACCAGCUAGCGCUGACCUUCUGCCGUUUCUUGGCUUGGAACUACUUUGCCAGUUUGCACAUGGAGGUGCUGAAGGUGACACAGCACUCUGAGAACUGGAGCAUCCAAGCCCGGUGGCGGAUUAAAGGGCUGCCUUUCCAUGUAUUCCUUUUGCGCUUCUACAAGAAGGAUAAGAGUGAGCUGUACAGGACCUAUGAUGCCUAUUCCACUUUCUACUUAGAUUCACAAGGGUUGAUUAAGUGUCACAGGGUAAGCAAGCUCAUGCCAUCCGAGCCUCCCCUGAACAAGUUGAAAAAGCUUGUCGUAGCCUCGUUGUUGGGCCUGGGCCUGUCAGAACAGAAGCCGUCACUGCUCCUGCUGUUAUCAAUUCUGGCUGGCAAGCAGCAGGAAGCACCACUAGGCUGUAGGGAUAGCUAAAGUCCAGCCCUCUCGCUAGUCAUGUCUCUCAGCUCAUUGACACUAUGUGUGUGUGGCGGCAGGAUGCCACUAGUGGCUCAUUGUGUAUUGGUGUUGCCUCUCUAUAAAUAGCGUGGGCUUUGCCUUCCAUGUGGCUAUGCUGUCAGUUGCACCAGCAAGCGCUGUAUAAAGAUGGUUGUAAUUUAAUCUGUACAUAAUAAAAAGGUUUAUGUUGAAAAUAA